CCAAAGUAAACAAGAGUUUUAUUGAAAUUUUCUAAAAAGUACUGCCUAAUUCUUUUAUUCAAUAAAGUUGCUUCAUAUAGGCAGUUAAAUCUUAUCAAAAUGCCUCCAAAGAAGACUGUAAAAGCUAAAAAAAAGAAGAAAAAGGGGGCAGGGGAAAAGACAGAGCUUACAGUAGAGGACAAAUAUAAGCGAACAAUGGAAGAAAUUGAAUCACUCAAGGUUGAAUUAGCAACACGUACAGAACAUGCACGUAGGUCUCGUGAAAUGUCGGCAAGAAUGGAAGAGCGCAUGCAUGAAGCAGAGGCAGACGUAAAACAAGAACAAGAGGAUAAACGAGAUAUUUCUACAGAUCUCACUCGUCAGUAUAAGAUGAUGCAAUCAGAACUUGGUUUAAAAAUUCAUAUUCUGGAACAAACAGUGACUACCUUACAAUCUCAACUAGCAUCAACUGAAGCAGAAUUACACGAGGCGAGAAAAGAACGUGACAACAUUCGUGAAGAAAAAGAUGCAAUCAUAACUGAACUACAGUUUAAAAUUGAUACAAUGGAGUCUGCAUAUGAAACUUUGCUCCAUGACACCCUUGACAAAAUGGGCGACAAAGUAGAAGAAGCGAAGAAGAAAUGGUUUUCGGAAUCCAGAGAGAUACAAGAGACUAACAAGCAGUUGUUAGUUAGCGUUUGGUCUUAAUCCUCUUGAAAUUUGACGUCAGGAAAAAGCCAAAAGACGAUUUUCGGUGAAGAUAAAAGGUAGUUGCUGCCAGACCCUCGCAUAGAAUACAAGUUAACGUUUUGAAUGCAAAACCUCGGGAUACGCGUGCCGGUUGCCACACUCAGAUUUCCAAUAAUACUAAAAUCAUUUAGAUGAUACUUAAAAAACUACGAUUGAAUAGAUCCAUAGGUGGUUUGUUGAAAUUUGGUGUGUUUUUCAUGCCCGUCACGGUCGCAUGAGCGGAUUUUUAAAGGUCGAUCACAGGCCCUCUCUUGCACUGCGAGGUUAAUACUUUUAAGUAUAAGUAUAAGUUUAAUUUUCAAAUUUUUAUAUAUAGAUAUGUAAUAUAUAUAUAAUGUAUAAUG